UUUAAACUAAUCUCACUUGUAAGCUGUGGUGUACGUUUUAAGGGACUCUAUGGCGUUUUAUCGGGUCAGACAUAGACAAAGGUUUAUAUGAAAUGCAAACAAAAUACUUGUUUCAACGAUAGAACAUGUGUGGCUCCAUUGAAAAUUAACCGAAACCCAAAUGGGAUUCAAGUACCUUAUUGUCCUUGUGGUGCUGUUCGUCCUUCUGAACCCAACGGAAUGUUGGUUAGUUAAAAAGUUGAUUAAGAAAAUAGGAAAGGGUAUCAAGAAGGUUGUGAAGAAAAUCAAGAAGGUUGGAUGUAAAGUCUUGUUUGGCGUCGCGUGCCCCGCGGUCGUAGGGGCGGCUGGAACGGCUCUAGGCGCUGGUUCCGGUGGGAUUGCUGGCCUUGUCGCCGGCGCCGCCGUCAUCGCCGGUGCAAGCGCAUGUUACGUGAGGCAGACGAAGUGCAAAAGAAGUGUUGAAAACGGCAUGGCAUUGCUGCCGUUCUCAGACGACUUUAGGGACUACGAUAUGAAUGAUGACAAGCGUAUUGAAUAUGAGGAGUUUGUAUACACCGUCAUGAGGUCAGUGGGAUUAUCAGAACCAAUGGAGCUAAGGGAACCCUUUAACAUCGCGGACUUCAAUGGGGAUGGGGAACUUAACAGUAAGGAGUUUGAAGGAGCGCCUUUCCUCUUUGCCCACGCAAACUUCCACCAAUUUAUGAAGAAGGAAGUGCCAGAAACUAGCCCAUCUUUUGAAGUCAGCACCGCUGCAUAAUUAUGCUUUAUGCUAAUAAGAACGUGUAUUCAUUCGUUGCUUCUCAUUUUCGAGAUGAUUAAAACAUGUUAGGUCAUUUCCUGACUUAAGUCAUUGACCCAGUUAAGUAUCACACUGUUCAUGUGAUAAAAUCACUUUAUAAUGUUUAAAAUUUUAUUCCAUGCAUGUUAUGUUACUUUUAUUUUAAAGGGGAUGUACUCCGUAUGAUGAACUAUCGAAAAAAGAAGAAAAUUGUCGAAAACUGACAUAAACUUUGUAUUGAUGUGUACAAUGCAUUGAAACUUACUAACUGAAGUACCACAUAGUUUACAAUUAAUUUAAUUUUCGCAGUUUCCAUUAAAAAAAUUACUAGGUAUGUAUACCUAGUAUAAUUCAUUCCUUGUGCGUGAUUGGCUAGUCGAUGUUAUCACGUGAUAUUAUCAAGUUAGGUAUAUGGGUAAAAUAUUCCAACCGUUUAAGGUAAGCCUUCGUAGCACAGUGGAUACAACACUGGACUGCAAUUUUGGCAACAACGGUUCGAACCCGGUCUCUGGUUAGAUUAUUUUUUUACAAUUUGAUGUUUUUUUUACAAUUACGAUAUCAAAGAGUAAAACAUUUGAUUAAAUAAUUGUCCUGAGAGUCGUUACAGAAAAAACUUUUUUGGUGCCAAUCUGGUGUACAAUCCCUUUAAAAACAGUUGUUCUUUCAUAACAAUUGACUAUGCAAUGUUUAGAAAAUAGACUUCAGUUAAAAUGACUUAAUGUAUUUAUCACGUGAUUUAUCAUGUAUACCAGCCCUGUUUUAUUUAACUAAUGAGUUUUAUUAUUUUUAAAAAGAUCUUCAGCCUAACAAUUUUAAGAAUAUUCUUUCAUUUAGCAAAAUCAUAUGCUUAAACUUCAUUUAAGAAAAAAAAAUAAAAAAAAAUAUCGUGUUUAUUUUAUAUGAAAUUAUUUAGAAUUGUCAAUAAUACCAUGGACCCAACAGGGACAAGACCAACCACUCACCAAUAACCAUCUUGUAAGGCAGACGGCUAAGGCCAAAAUCUCUAAGAAAGAGUGAAAUAUAAUACAAUUCAUGUCCAAAUACUUAUUUGUCAGCUUAGCUUGGUCCUGUUAUAAGGACCUUAAGAUUGUUCGAGAAAUUCAUAUUGGAUAAUAUUUAUUCAACGAAUUUACCCCACUCACACAUUUUACCAAAACAAAGUUACUUGAUGCUUUUAUCCGUUUCUGUACCUUUUUGAAUGACAUUUUAUUUGCUUGCUUUGUUUUGUUGAAUAAAGUUGAAACCGAU